UACGUGACCCAAACAACGCAAGUUAUUGUUCAGGUUUUGGGCAUUAAGCGGCAGCCCAUUACUUAUUUCCAACUACAAAGACAAAAUUGGCAAAAACGAAGAACCUCUAAAAAUUUCUUCCAGUGGUUUAGGGUUCUUAGAGGGGGAAUUGAAAUCUAAACCGAAAACAGAAAAUGUUGAGGGUUAACCGAGUAGUGAUAAACCGGGCACAAGCUUCGAUUUCCAAUUGUCAAUAUCUCGUAAGUCAUGACCCAAAGAUUUCCCGUUCACCUCCUCAACAUUUCGCUUCAAAAUCAUCCAUUCGCUUCUUCGAUAUUUACAAGCUUGCAAGCAAGGAAAAAAUCGAGAAAGAACGAGCAAGACUUGCUGAUGAAUUGAAUAGAGGAUAUUUUGAUGAUAUGUCUGAGCUAAAACAACACGGUGGUAAGAUUGCACUGGCAAAUAAGAUUCUAAUUCCCGGAAUUGCAGCAAGGAAGUUUCCUGCCGUGGAUGUGAUAUAUUCUGACGGUAGAAAAUCAAAGCUGCCGAUUGUUUUUGAUGCAAGUGGCGUUGAUGCUAGCAAGUUGGCUGUCCCUGGAGCAUCUUUAGUCUGUCUAUCAUUUAGAGCAAACUCUCAGGCUAUGGUCGAUUCUUGGAGCAAGCCUUUUUAUGACGCCUUUAGUGAGUCCAAGAGCGUGCAGCUAUAUGAGGUAUCUUUUAUAGACUCUUGGCUCUUAUGCUUGAAUCCAAUUAAACAACUGCUUCUUCGAUUUAUGAGGAAAUCUAGUGAUGGAGCGAAGGAUGCUCUUCAGAGGCAUAUUGUUUAUUCAUUUGGUGAUCAUUAUUACUUCCGAAAGGAACUUAAGAUACUGAACCUUCUAACUGGAUACUUUUGGCUUGCCUGGAGUAGCUUAGUUCUUACACUAAAAACCUGUUGGGUCAACAGGAUGAACAAGUUCACAGUUUUGAGAGACCUCAAUUUUGUUGCAGAAAACCUUGGUGUUGAGUUUUUCAAAGGUACUGUUGUGGUAUAAUGAUGUUCCCAUUACUGAUGAUGUGUAGAGUUGAAUGAAUUUUGUUUUAUUUUCUUCGACAAUUAGAAUAAAUUGUAUUUAUCUCUUUAAUAUCGAACCGGAUGGCAAAGCUGUUGAGGGAGUAUUGUUAUGGAGCAAUGGGAUUUGGUGGACAAAGUAACUAAGCAGAUAAAUUGGCAAUUCCAGGGAAAACUUAAAUUGGAAGCAAA